AUGAAGCUGUUGUCUGCUUUGAUUCUCGGGCUAUUGCCUCUGGCCCUUGCUAAGUCGAUUCUGGUCACUUACCCCCAGAACACCCCAGAAUCGGUCAUUAGAGAAGCGCGGGAAUCCAUCAUCAGAAGUGGUGGUAAGAUCACUCAUGAGUACCGUAAGGGAUUCUCCGCAGAGGCUCCAGACACUGCCAUUCAGAGCCUAUCGGCACAGUCCUCCGAGUACCAGCCAACCAUUGAGGGAGAUCAAAUCGUCUCUAUCUAUGGUGAUAAUGAGCCAAAGGUGUAG